AUGAAAUACAGAAACUCUUAUAUAGUUUUAAUUCCAAUCAUUUAUGAUAGCAGCACGCCUAUUACUAUCCCGAAUCAUGGUGACUCAUAUAUUAAUAUCAUACUGAUCCAUUGCUAUUCUGGAUCUCACUAUCCAAAGCCAAUAUUUCUGAUUGUUUUUUACACUUUUUAUAAUAAUCGUGGGGUUGUAUAUCAAUUGUACAUAUAUUAUAAGAUUAUAAUCAAAACAAGAAUAUAUAAUACAAAACAAGAUAAAUUUUCUAUAAAAAUGAGAAUACGAAAAUAUAUUUUAUUUAUAGAAGUAUUUAUUGUAAACACAGCCACAGUACUAGCCAGUGGUGCAUUGGUUAACUAUAGUGGCAUUGCCAACAUAAGCAGUUCACCGCUUGUUAUUUCGCCUAUACAAUUUAAUUCUGCUCCUCUUGAAAAAAUGGAAAUAGUUCCAGAACUAUCAGAUAGCUUUGAUGAAAACCGGCCUAAAAGACAGAUAGGAAAUAAGAAUAUAAAUAAGCAGAAAGAUUUUAUAAAAUAUGAUGAGUUUUAUUUUAAUAGAAAUCCACAGAAUGGUUAUGAUAAUAUAACAAAUUUGUAUUAUAAUAAAAUAGCACAAAACAAUAAAAUGCAUAAAUCGCACAGUAAAGAUCCAAAAAGGUACAAAAUAAUGAAAAUGCUAUAUGGAAUAAUUUUAUCAUCUCCAUUUAACUUAGGAGAUAUUUCCUUUCUCAUUAGAAAAGCAAUAGAAUUAAAAGAUGAUGAGAACAGUAAGCCAAUUUCAAUGGAAGAGAUGUAUUCUAUUUUAACACGAGGAAUUAUAAAAAGUUCUGUAUCAAAAAUAUAUCUUAGCUCUGCUAGAAAUCGUCUAAUUAAAAUUAAAAAAUGUAAAACCGCGAUAACAGACGAGAAAAUAUACAGCUUGCUAUUAGAAGCAAAAAACACCAUUCGAAUUUAUUUAUUGACCAUUGUUUAUGAUCUACAAAAUGUCUUAAAGACAUUUAAAAAAAGUCCAUUUUCAGAUGAAGCAAUAGCUUCAAUUAAUAUGUACAACACGCAGCAUCCAAAUACCACAAUAUCGGAUAUAGACAUCUAUAUCAAACAGUCCGGUAAAUUUAAUUUGGGUAUAGGGAAUGCAGAAUAUUUGAAAGCAUCAUUAUACAAUACAGUAAAUCAGUUAUACAAACAAAUAGAAUAUGUAAAAAAAAUUGUAAAAAUUUUAUACUUAGACAACAGAAAAGAAAUAUAUGCAGAAUUAAGCAGGGAAAUAACUGAGUUAUAUAGUACCUGUUCAAUUUUGCAGACAUUCAAUCCGCAUGAAAUUACAAACAUCUAUGCAGAAAGGGCAGUUUCUUCAAUACAGAGCGCAAUUGACAAACAUUUUAUUGCAAUGAGGUAUCUUGGCCAGGGAAUAACUAAAAAAUUAAUUAAAAUAGAAAAAAAUACAAUUGCAAAUGCUUUUAAUAUGAACAAAUUGCCAUAUACGGCGAAUAAUACAACUAUGAGUGAUCACAUAGACCACAGCUAUGCAGAUCAUAGUAGCUUACAACAGCUAAUUAACUUUUUUUAAAUUCACAGCCAAAAAAGAGUGUAAAAUGUUAAAGCUAAUAAAUCAAGAAAUGUCCUUACUAUUAUGUCCUAAUCGAAAUAGUACAAAAUCAUUAAAUGAAUCUAAGAUUAAUAAAAAGCUAGUAAAAAUUCAAGAAAAACUAUUAUUCAAGUCGGG